CAAUUUUUCUAAUUCCAGCCACAAGGCAACUAAGACAAAGACCCCUUCUCUACUGAUCUCCUAUUCUCCUUAGUCCUUCCCUCUCCUUUGUUCAUACCCGGCUCCUUCAUCGUUGAAGCUCUCUCUUCGUCACAGGUUCCGUUUCUGGGUUUUAUACCUAAAGAAGCUAAAAAUUGACUUAGUUUUGCCUCUCCUUCAAUCACAAUAGAGUCAUAGCACCUUAGAGAGCGUCCUUGCAAGAUCUCUUUUCUCUUAUUUUCUUAUCGGUAUUUCGUUUCUGAGAAAUUGUGAAGAACAUGCCUUCUCUUCAAACAGCUCUGCCUCCAGAACUUGCCAACAAUGUGAUUAGGCUCUACCGAGAAUGCCUUCGAAGAGCAAAAUAUAUUGGCAGUCGGCAACAUAACACUGAGCUCCUCCUUGAUAUGGUGAGACAGCAGUUUAAAAGACACAUGCACGAGACAGAUCCAGAAAAGAUUCAGAAGCUGAAGGAUGAUGCGGCAAGGGGGCUCAUAAAUCACAUGCUAUAUGAAUCUGAGAAGAUGACCGGCCGGAAGUUCAGCAAGAGCACUUGAUAUAACCAGCUCCCCUUACUUGAACCUUCUGGCUCUUAAUUGGAAUUAUAAAAGGUGCGGUUAGGAUCCAAGGCCAAGCCCAGGGCUAUCUUGAUGCUUUAGUUAAUUAGUCGUGUUGGUUUAGGCUGUUAUACUUUUGUGAGAUCACAUUUUGCGUCGGUUCUUUCUCGUUAUAAGUACACCAAAUAUUGGUCACUGGGGGACCAAGUCUUUCCUUCCAUUUGCAGAGAUUAAAACAGUUGCAACUUCUGGUGGCUUCCAAUUUAUAAAGUUACUCAGAUCUG